UUUGAGAGUGGCAGUUAUAAGCAAAAGUGAAAAACUUGAAAGUAAAUGAAAUGUUGUUAGAAUAAAUUAAAGAGUGGAGAUGAGGAAUAUAUAAAAGAAAUAAGAGGAAUUUGCAUGGAGCGUGGCCUAGCUUUAACUUAACUUCGACGUUAGCUUUAAGCAGUCCCAACGGCGGCGGCUCCGGCCGUCAACUCAUGUAUCUCUCCCCGCCCAAAUACAAUAACCUAUCGUUGACACUUGACACUUUAAUUACCCAUAUAUCAUAUAUAUGAGACAGAAUGCCCUGCGUCUUUGCUAGCUAUAUUAAUUUGCAGAGAGAGAGAGAGAGUUUGGGCAUGCACCAGCACAUCACAUCCAUCAAUUAUAUAUCUGCAAUCGAUCGUAUAUAUGGCGGCGGGCGGCGUUCCACCUGGAUUCCGGUUUCACCCGACGGAUGAGGAGCUUCUCCACUUCUACCUCAAGAAAAAGGUUUCGUUUCAGAAGUUCGACAUGGAGGUUAUAAGGGAGGUCGAUCUCAACAAGAUUGAACCAUGGGACCUACAAGAGAAGUGCAAGAUCGGGUCGACUCCGCAGAAUGAAUGGUACUUCUUCAGCCACAAGGAUAGGAAAUACCCAACUGGUUCUCGGACAAACAGAGCCACCAGCGCCGGCUUCUGGAAAGCAACCGGCAGAGAUAAAUGCAUACGCAACAGCUUCAACAAGAUCGGCAUGAGGAAGACCCUUGUCUUCUACCGUGGUAGAGCCCCCCACGGCCAGAAGUCCGAUUGGAUCAUGCACGAGUACAGGCUCGAGGAUUCCAACAACGAGCCUCCACCAAAUGAGGAUGGAUGGGUUGUUUGUCGCGUAUUCAAGAAGAAGAAUCUGUUCAAGAUUAACGGCACUAGCACUAGUACUGAAGGAGGAGGGAUGAUGGCUGAUCCCAAUUCCUCUAUCUUCGCACAAAGAAACAACAUUAAUGCUUCAAUGAAUCAAUAUGAUCUGUUGCAUAAUGGUGCAGAUCUCAACUACUCCCAUAUCCCAGUUGAUCAGUACCCACAAGUUGAAUCCCACAACUUCCAUCUCAAGCCAUUGAUGCUCACUAGUGGCAGCAACUACGAUCAUCCAGAUUAUGACCACCACCACCACCACCACCCACCACCGCUCAUCAAUAACAUGCAGGUCAAACAGUUGAUGUCUAGAGAUGACUGCGAGAGUAGUGCUACUCCUCCUGCACCACCACCACCACCACCCAAUUUCCAAUCUUGUGAGCCGGGAGGCCUCGAAUGCGAUCACUCCUCUCAACCCAUGAAUCAAUGGGAUCCACUUGCCGUUACUUCAAAUCCCACCCAAAUCAAUCACUUGUCUCUCAGAAGUGAGAUGGACUUUUGGGCCUAUGGGAAAUAGCAUUCCUACCUCUCUAGUAUUUAUUUUCACCAAAAUCAUUUAACUUGGUAAUUGAAUAUAAAAUUAUACGUCACCUUGUAACUCAAAUUCUUUACAGAUUAUUACUCAUCACUCAUUACAUUCUCAUAUCUUCAAUUUCAUGUAUAUACUUGUUUCAAUUAAUGUUGUUUGAGCCUCGUAUACACGUGUUGAAAUUAUAUCAAUAUUAUUACUUAGUUUUUCCCAA